UAGUUGCGUAUUUCUAACAGCUCGAGCUUUUGGGAUUAAUGGUUAGCGCCAACGAUCCGACACACUCAACUUUGAGUCCGACAGAAUCUGCGAAAUUGCUUAUGGGACAGUGACGCAAUGUCCUAAAUCACUGUUGUUGUUAGAUGUGACUCAAAAUUUAGUUAUCGACUUCGAUUUUGGGCGUCGUCGAUAGUUUCGUGGUGCGACAAAUUUGGAAAAUCUUUUGUCAAGAAAAAAAAUUGGAUGUAUGUGGUGGGUAGCGGAGGGCCUGGGCCGAUAGGCCCGAUAAUGCACAAACUCGUUAAGAAUUUCCUUCUUCUUUUUGCCCUAGACGUGAUACAUUAUUGUACACACCCAAAAGUUUUGUACUCCUUUUUUCAUAGUGAAGUUCUCUCCUCCUUCACCUGUGAUUUUUUUCCCUGUAAAGGGUUUUCCACAUAAAUUCUUGUAUGUUCCAUUUAUUUUAUUGUUUAUGUGGUUUUGUCUACUUUGCAAUCGCCUUUUGUCGUUUCUGUUUGUGCACUUGUCAUAACAGCUGUAAUUGUCGUGUCGACACGAAGGAAGGGGGAUGUAAGAAAAUGUUGGGUACAAAUGGUGCACCGCAUUAUCCGGGUCCUCUGAAAUUUGUGACAGCUGAGUACAAUGGGAGCUUACCAAGUUUGGUGUAUUUCCCAUAUUCUUGGACAAAAGUCUCAAGCAUCAUCUUUCUUGAUUCUCCUGUUGGCUCUGGUUUUUCCUUUUCAAAACAAAUGGAAGGAUACGACGUAGGAGAUAUAUCUUCGUCGAUGCAAGUCUACACUUUCAUCAAGAAGUGGUUCAGCGAUCACCCACAAUUCCUGUCCAAUCCUUUCUAUGUUGCCGGUGAUUCUUACGCUGGUAAGGUUGCUCCAUUAAUCGCGCAAAUAAUUUCGGAAGGUAUUGAAUCUGGACAGCAACCACGUCUUAAUCUAAAGGGCUAUCUGAUUGGCAACCCCGGCACAGGCGAAAAGUAUGAUAACAAUUAUAAAGUCCCAUAUGCUCAUGGUAUGGGAAUCAUAUCAGAUCAACUCUAUGAGUUAACACAGAAAAAUUGCCAAGGAGAAGAUUAUGGAAAUCCUCGUAACAGGCUAUGUGCUCAGGUGCUAGAAACUGUUGAAGAGCUUAUGGAUAAAGUUGAGAAGGCUCAGGUUUUGGAACGAAAAUGCAUUUUAGUAUCCCCAAAACCGGAAAUUACAAGCGAAAGUAGAAGGUAUCUUAAGGGAGAGAACGCCAAAUUAUCUAGUCCACCAGAGGUUCCUCCAUUGGAAUGUAGAUCUUACGCUUAUUUCUUAUCGUAUUAUUGGGCAAACGACAAUCGCACGAGAGAGGCUUUGAACGUAAAAAAGGGAACAGUUAAGGAGUGGGUGAGGUGCGAAAAAGUGCUUCCUUAUACUAAAGAUCUUGAUAGUAGCAUAAAGUAUCACUAUAACCUCACCAGAAGAGGUUACCGUGCUCUUGUAUACAGCGGUGAUCACGACAUGGUUGUGCCAUUUCUGGGAACACAGGCUUGGAUAAGAUCCCUCAACUUCUCCAUAGUGGAUGACUGGAGAUCAUGGGAUGUUGAUGGCCAAGCUGCAGGAUUCACAAUCACGUACGCCAACAACAUGACGUUUGCGACUGUAAAGGGUGGCGGUCACACGGCACCAGAGUACCGGCCUAAGGAGUGUUUGGCCAUGGUUCGGAGGUGGCUUAAUGGAAAGCCCCUGUGAAGCAACUGCUUAUUUCAUCGUUUCUCGGUGUAAGAAUUGAUGCAAAGUGUUGUAUGAGUAAACUUGCACAUGUUUACAUGACAUGGUUAAUUUCACCAUUUCUUUUCUUCUUAUUGUGCACAUGAUGGACAUGUAAAAUGUUCCCCUUAUGAGAAAAUAAUGUCUCCAUUGUUUAGCU